ACCGUUUGCUCCGAACCUCAAACUGCAGAAAGCAUGAACCCAAGAUCCUCGUUUUCCAUUCCCUUUUUGUACAUCCUAAUAUGCUUGUUCAUAACGCCAUCGAUGUGUCAGAAUCUUACAGCAACAGAGAUAGAUGUCGGAGUCAUUCUAGAUUUGGAUACAUAUAUCGGAAAGAUGUGCAAGACAUGCCUUGAGAUGGCAAUUGGCGAUUUCUACUCUGAUCAUGAUGAUUACACUACAAGAUUAGUCCUUCACACGAGAAACGCAACGAGUGACCCGGUCGUGGCUACAUCUGCAGCUGUAGAAUUGUUAAAGAAUUAUCAAGUCAAGGCCAUUCUGGGGCCUCAAAAAUCAAGACAAGCAGAUUUUAUAGCUGACAUUGGAAAUACCACUCAGGUCCCUAUAAUUUCCUUCACCGUGACAAGCCCUUUGCUUUCGCACCUUGAAAUUCCCUACUUCAUCCGAAUGGCACAAGUGGACACCUCUCAGCUCAAUGCUAUAGCUGCCAUUGUCAAAGAUGUCAAGUGGAGGGAAAUUGUACCUAUUUAUGAACGCUCUUAUUACGGAAGUGGAAUCAUCUCUUAUCUUGCUGAUGCCAUGCAAGGAAUCGGUACAAGGAUACCGUACCGGUGUGGAAUCUCUCCUUCAGCUACUGAUGAUCAGAUCCUGAAAGAGCUCCACAAGUUAAUGACUAUGCAAACAAGGGUUUUCAUUGUGCAUAUGCUGCCAAAUCUUGCAUACCGGCUUUUUCUCAAGGCAAAUGAAGCUGGAAUGAUGAGAAAAGGAUAUGCCUGGAUAGUCACAGAUGGGAUUGCAAACCUUCUCAGCUCCAUGGAUUCCAAUGUCAUCAAUUCUAUGCAAGGAGUUGUAGGGGUGAAGACUUACCCUCCUCAAACCAAAGAGCUAGACCAAUUCACAAAGAGAUGGGAAAAGCGAUUUCAUGACGAAUAUCCAGGAACCAACCAUGUUCAGCUAAAUGCCUUUGGCCUAGGUGCCUAUGAUAGCAUUUCUGCUUUAGCAAUGGCAGUAGAAAAUGCUGAUAUAGCGAACUCACAAUUUAGUGUACCAGCCAUCCAGGAGAAUAUGACUGACCUGGAAAUCAUUGGUGUCUCAGAGUCGGGACCAAAGCUCCUCCAGUCAGUUUUGAAAACCAAAUUCACCGGAUUAAGUGGCAGAGUUGAACUCAUAAAUGGACAAUUACCGAUAUCUGCCUUUCAGAUAGUGAACUUGGUUGGCAAUGAUACAAUAUCAAUUGGACAUUGGACAGAGAAUGGCAUCACGGGCCAACUUCCUGCCAGUAAUGAGAACUCACUCAGCGAGAAGAACUAUCUGCAAAAAAUUGUUUGGCCUGGUAAAUCAAGAAUAAUCCCAAAAGGUUGGGAUAUUCCAGCCAAUCGGAAGAAGUUGAAGGUUGGAGUCCCGGUAAAAGCCGGAUUUAGCCAAUUCAUAAAAGUGGAAACAGAUCCUCGGACAAAUGUUUCCAAUGUUACUGGUUAUUGCGUAGAUGUGUUCGAUGCUGUCAUGAAAUCAUUGCAUUAUGCUGUUCCGUAUGAUGUUCCGUAUGAGUUUGAACCCUUUGAGACUAGUGAAGGCAGUGGAGAUAGUGCGGGAAAUUCUGAUGAUCUUAUCAGAAACGUUUCCACUGAGACCAACAUGCAGGGUUACGAUGCUGUCGUUGGCGACAUAACCAUUAGGGCUGCCCGAGCCGAUUAUGUGGAUUUUACCCUUCCUUACACAGAGUCAGGUGUCUCCAUGAUUGUUCCAAUCAAGGGUGACAAUAAAAAAAGUGCAUGGAUCUUCUUGAAACCGCUGAAGACAGAGCUAUGGAUAACCAUAGGAGCCUUCUUUCUGUACACUGGCAUUGUAAUAUGGGUUCUUGAGCACCGGGUGAACAAAGAAUUUAGGGGAACUCCAUCCAAACAGAUUGGAAUGAUCUUGUGGUUCUCCUUCUCUACAAUGGUCUUUGCACACAAGGAAAGGGUAAUCAGCAACUUGUCGAGAUUUGUGUUGAUCAUAUGGAUCUUUGCUGUCCUAGUGCUGUCAUCGAGUUACACGGCAAGCUUGACCUCUCUAUUAACUGUACAACAGCUCCAACCGACUGUCACAGAUAUCAGUGCUCUGAUAAGGAAUGGAGAGCACAUUGGGUACCAGGACGGUUCUUUUGUUCUGGAUCUUUUGAAAGGCUUGGGGGUACAGGAGUCAAAGCUCAGAGUGCUGUAUACUCCAGAGGAAUAUGAUGAGCAACUCUCUAAAGGCAGUAAUAAUGAUGGGGUAUCCGCGAUUGUGGAUGAACUCCCUUAUCUCAGGGUUGUUCUCUCGAUGUAUUGUUCAAAAUAUAAGUUGGUCGGUCCAACCUACAAAACUGCAGGUUUUGGAUUUGCAUUUCCGAAGGGCUCGCCACUGGUUCCUGACGUGUCGAGGGCAAUCCUGAAAGUCAUGGAAUCACCCGAGAUGACUUUAAUUACAAACGCAUGGUUUAGGGGUCAGGACAAGUGUUCAGAGGAAGACAUGACAACUGUAGACUCCAACAGCCUCACGCUGGACAGUUUUAAAGGCCUUUUCCUCAUCGCAGCGCUUGCCUCAACCUCUGCGCUCUUCAUCUUCUUGAUCAACUUCUUCUACGAGAACAGACACAUCUUAGCCUCCCAGGUACCGGUGAAGCAAAAAGUUGCUGCCAUUGCAAAGACAUUCAACGAGAAGAAGGAAGACGCCCAUGUGGCGGCAAAGAAGGAAAAGAGCAAAGAAGAAGAAAUCGAAAUGGCUGCCAGAGGAGAAAUCCAUCUCACCCCAGGUGCAACCAGCUUUUCCAAUUCCGAAGAAGGGCUGUUCUCACCGGAUGAGGGCUCAUCAUCCCCGGGACCUGGAACUCUGUAUCACGCGUUGACUGUUAUGGGGAUCAAUGAAGAUAGGCAUAGGAAAUAUUCUUUUCACUCCAACUCCGAUUCUUUCUUGUAUGAUAAAAUCUAAGUAGACUAACCUCGAUAGCAUUGUGCAUAGUUAUGCUUCA